ACACAAGUGCCCCGGACCCACCAUUCGUUCGGAGUGCUGUUGAUUAUUUUGGAUAUAAACCUGGCCGUUUACCACCGCGCCGAUUGAUAAGACGAAACCCCGUAGCCUCAAUACAUGUUUACAGAAAAGAGAUUAUAAACUUCAGUUUCAACUUUCCUUUAUCGGGAUGGGUUAGGAAGAAACGCUAUCAAUCUCCAAUUGCUUCGGUAUUGGACAUACACCGGUGCUGUUAUCAUUUUUUUCUAUAUAACCAUGCCGCAAUCGAGGGUCACUCAAUCAGUUGUGUAAGCCCUUUCCGCCUGACCGGAUUCCCUUGUGCGUAGUUUUUGGAGUGCGUGAGCAAGUUCUAGGUGGGAAAAUGGAUCAUAACCAUGGCGCACCAGAUGAUAUGGAGAUGGCAUGUCCGAUGCAGAUGUCUUUCCACGGCGGGACCUGUGAGAUUAUUCUGUUUCCAUCGUGGGCCACGACGGACGUGGGGAAGUUUGUCGGAGCGUGGCUUGGAUUUUUCCUGAUGGCGCUGCUGUACGAAGGACUGAAGUUCUAUCGGGAGAUCCUCAGUCGCAAGGAGAACAAGAGGGGAGAUUUGAAUGAGCAGAAAAGUAUCAGACACUUCCUGUCGAGCAGACUCCACAUCCUGCAGUCAGUCCUGCAUCUGAUCCAGGUCAGCGUCUCCUACAUCCUGAUGCUGAUUGUGAUGACGUUCAACCUGUGGCUGUUCUUUGCGGUGGUCCUAGGCGCAGCCAUCGGCCAUUACUUCUUCGGUUGGAUUCGCCAGAGCACGUGGGAUCCGAACGAGUGCUGCAACUAACUUCCUGUGACGAAUGGUGGACGAACGCAGUGAGAGGAGCAGGGACAAAUCGUUACCACCUAAAAGUAUAUCGUAGUUGAUCCGGAUCGAUUCCGGAAUGGGAUGGAACCUCCACUUCAUUAGUUUAUAGAAUAGGAAAUUUAAAUAAAAACAACACUGUACAGUAGGUUUAAGAAGCAAGUACAAACUA